UGACAACCUAGUGAUACUGAAAUUGCAAAAUGUUGUCAACUAGCGAGACUUUUAUUUUACUUGUACAACGUUAAAACUUUAUUAGUAAAAUAAUGAUUAUGCAUGACUUAAAUAUAUUAAGCAACUACUAAAUUAAAAGGCUUAUUUAUUUAAGUUCUUUCAGUACAUUUUUGUAAUAGAUUUUAUUCAUGAGGUUAUAGACCGCUUGUUCACUUCGUACACGUAUGCAGUGAUUCUUGUGUUUAGUUUUAUGGUUUCUGAUUGAAUUAUUUUUGAAAUGACGUGAUAUAGACCGUCUGUAGUUAAAAAUCAUACAAUGCUGCCCCUCAUUGAAAAAGAUACCCGGGUCCCGCGCGGUACUUUGGGUGGUUACAGAGAAAAAUUUCCCAGUUGGCUCAGACUAAUUUACUCUGAUAAGAAUUCAAGAAACUUGUUUCUAUUUUUAUUACUUAAUUUAUCAUUUGCUUUUGUUGAACUUUUCUAUGGCAUAUGGACAAACAGUUUGGGUCUCAUCUCAGAUUCAUUCCAUAUGUUCUUCGAUUGCACGGGACUGGUGGCUGGUCUGGCUGCCUCCUUGAUAUCGAAGUGGAGAGCCAACAGUCGCUACUCAUAUGGUUAUGCCAGGGCUGAAGUGUUGGCAGGCUUUGUAAAUGGAUUGUUUCUGUUAUUUAUUGCAUUUUUCAUUAUGAGUGAAGCGGUGGAACGAGCUAUUGAGCCACCAGAGGUAAAGCACGAGCGUCUACUCGUCGUAUCGAUAUUAGGGUUCCUUGUCAACAUGGUUGGCAUAUACGCCUUCCACCACGGGCAUGGGCACGGCCACGGCGGUCACGGACACUCCCACGGCGGACAUGGCCACUCUCAUAAUCAUAAUCACGGGCACUCUCACGACGAGCCUGAGGCCCCAACGGGAUCUGGCUCCGCCAUUAUGCGUGGGGUGUUCCUCCACGUGCUAGCAGACACCCUGGGCUCGGUCGGGGUCAUCGUGUCCGCUAUACUCAUGCGUAUGUUCGGAUGGAUGCGGGCAGACCCUAUAUGCUCCAUGGCGAUCGCACUCCUCAUAGCUGCAAGUGUAAUACCUUUAGUUCGUGAUUCAGCAGGUGUGCUCAUGCAACGGACUCCAAUAACAAUUGAGCGUGCACUACCCAACCUAUUUACGCGUGUAGUAGGCUUGGCAGGUGUUCACGCGGUCCAAGAACCCCACUUCUGGACUUUGUGCAGUGAUGUUCACGUAGGGGCCAUCAAAUUGGAAGUGGCGAGAGAAGUGGACCCUAGAUAUGUGACGGAACAAGCCACAAGGAUUUUCCGUGAGGCGGGCGUGAAGUAUUUGACCGUCCAACUAGAUUAUUUCCCGCUCUGAUCUUGAGCUUAAUAAUAAAUAGUGAAUGUACAGUUUUCCAUGACGUGGAAAUUAAUGUAUAUAAUGUAAUUUUAUUCUCCACAAUGUUUUUUUUUUUUUUUAAAUGUGAUGCAGGUAUUUAUUUUAACCAUUCAUUUUUAUUUUCAACGAUAAUGCAGUUAGGAUGGUAAUAAAGAAUGUGUGGUAUAACAGAGACAUCGCUCGUGUUUGUGACAGAGAUCUUGAGUCACAAUACCUAGUAAUUUCAUUGGCAAUUAAUAAACUCACGAAUAAGGGCUUCUGUUGAGCUCAUAAUUGACUAUUUUCGUGCCCGACUGAGAAUCCCCUUUAAAACGCGAGUAUAGCCAACAUAACAAUACAGUACGACUUACAAUAGUUAUUUCUCAACAAUACAAGCAAGAUAUUUGGUGGUAGUAGAAAUAUGUGAGAUAGAAAAUUUUUCAGGUCACCCACUGGCAAAAGGUCCCAUUAAUUUUCAUCGUGUAUUUAUCAAACUGAUAUAGCUACAAAAAUGUCUAUUGAAGCAAAUGUUAUAUGACUCAUAGCCAGUUUGUUGGUUGUUACUGUUACAAAGUAACCGUGUUAAAAUAAGGAAAAAUAAUAUAGUAUAGCAAAUUAUUAUUAUUAUAUUGUCAUAUUUUUAUUAUUUAUAAUAUUUUGUUAUGAAUUUAUGUAAAGAUUAUUUUUUAUUUUAUAAAUAUUUUACUUACAUCCUCAAUAUAUUGUACAUAAGGCAAUUUAAAAUUCUUAUAUGUAAUGUGUAAUUUAAAACUAUAACAAACUAUUGCAUUUCUCUACCUUUUAUUAUAAAUUUAUAAUAUUACAUUCCACAUUAUUGUUAAGCAAAAAUUAUACUUUUUAUAAUGGAAGAAAAAACAACAUAACUCAAGGGGAAUUCAUGUUUAAAUUAAAAUUGUGAAUAGGGCAAUAGCAAGUUUACAGUAAUGGGUAUCAAACACGAAAAAAAAAGGGAAGCAUUCACCUGAGUAUCUAGCUAGGUCGAUUUAAAGACUAUAGUUCUAUAGCAUUUUAUAGCGAGCAUUUACAAAUCUGUCAAAGUAACAAUUACAAGAGAUUACGUUAUAUACAAUCUAUAUUCGUAGCAUUUUAGAGAUUAAAUUAACAUAGAAAUUAAUUCAAAUCCACUCAUACAUCUCAUAGAACAAACAUUAUUUACCAUAUUCCAAAAACUUUUUUUUUUUUUUUGUAUUGGAAAAGUAUGAACAUUACUAUGGACUAUUAUAAAAAGAACAUCAUGGAGAUGUUUGUAUACAGAAGAUACUCAUGGAAACCCUGAGGCCACAACACUGAUUAUUUAUAAUUUUUAUGAAUAUGUAGCCAGAAACUCACAAGAUUCUUUUACUUAAACUUGUUUAGAAAUACUUAGCUAAUACUACUUCAAAAUUGUGUAUAGACUCUUGUAUUUUGUACGUUAUCAUAUAUAAUAAAGUGAUAUACAUAAAACACUUAUAUGUGAGCCGAAUAGGGACUUACGCCAUUUUUAAUUGAGAACGAGGUUGAUUUUUUCUAUUUAAUAUACUUAAAUUUUAUUUGGAUAUACCAAAUUUACUAAAAUUGUUUUUCUUUCAUAGAUAAUAUGUUACCCGAUAUUUUAGUAGUUCAGAGCCGAUUUUGAUAAUUGUUUUUUUAAUUGAAACGAUUUACAAAAACGGUUCACACCCAAGUUGGUCCUAUCAUCACAUCAGCCGUUCACAGCUGAACAUAGGCCUACUCCAUUGAAAAAAGGGUUUUGCCUGUAGUUGCCACGCUUGGCUGGCGGUUUGGCAAUUGCAGUUACGCUUUGGUGAUGUUUUAAGAGAGUUGCUGAUGCCCAUCCUUCGACCAUUAGUCAUCUCUUAUGUCAUACACAGGAAAGGAAGGGGGUGGCCCAUUCUAUAUAAUAAUGGUAAUAAAUUCAGCCUUGUGAAGUCAAUAAAUUGGUAACAUUAUGUGAAUUUGAUUUUUAUGGAAACAUCAGUUUCAAUAAUAAAACAAUUUGCAAAUACACCAACAUUGACUAGGAUUUUUAUUUUAAAUCUAAAUAAAAGUUUGAUAUCUGCUAUAUUUUUCUGUUUAUUACUCUAUAUUAAUUAUUAGAUUUUAUUGCAAAUUAAUAACAAAAAUAUUCAGUAUCAUGUUUAAUUAUAUAGGUUAUAUAUCAAUAUAUUUAUUAUCUCCCAAUAAGUAUUAUAAAAAGUAAAAUACUGAAUAUAAUAUUUUACUAUACUCGCCCUUCUAUACAAAACAUUGUUUUAGAGAUUUAUGAAUUAUUUUCAAUGAUAAAUAAUUACAUAAUAAUACAUUUUAGUAACGGAUUUUUAGGGCGACUCUCACUGGCAAAUAGGUUUUAUUAGCCAAAAUAUUUAAAUUUAAUUUUAAUAUAUUAAAAAAAAUUACAUGCGUAGUCUUAAAUAUUCAUUGUGUAAUAAAAAGAGAAUUGGUGCAAUUUGUAUGAGAUAUACGAAAAUUAGGUCACACAUAGUUUAGGCAGGAUUAGUCAUAAUUUAAAGAUAUACUUUUGUGUAUAAAUUGUGGGAUUAAGUCCGGAAUUAGUGCCAGAAAUAAAUAUUGUACAAUUUGAAUCGAGCUGGUUGAAAAAUUAUUUUGUUUUCACGAUAAAGCAUAGCUAUGUAAACAUAUGCAUAUAGUUUGUCAAUGAUGUAUCUAUAUGUUAAAGCUUAAAGCAUUUAUGUUAUUGUACAUUAUUAUCUCAAAUGAUCGUUUUUAAGGGCCCCAUCCAGUUAUUUUCCAGGCAAAUUAUUAUUUGCGGUUUGCCUGGCUGGUGUCCUCUACAUCGAUUUCUGUCAGUUAAUCUCGAUUCUAAUACUUCCCAGUCCACUUGGUAGAAAGCUCGCGUUGAUGGUGUAAUAUUAAGUAACCCUAUGUACAAGUGAACGGGGAAUCUACCAUGAAAUGGAAAUCCGAAUGUUCGAACUUGACGGUGUUUUCAUUCAUAUCAACCUAGCAAAUGGAGCUUCAUAUUUAGUUUGUCAUAAAUUCUACCAUAAAAGUUCAAAGGAACGAUAUUUUAAACAUUUUUAAUAUCUUUAAACGGUACGUAUUAAGUAACUUUAACGUUAAAUUUGUUUCGUUCGGUCCCGAAAUUUCGAGAAAAGUUUCAUGGUAAGCCCUCAAGCUACACUUAUGGAUAUGUUAUCUGCACUAAUAGAUGCAUCGCGGGUGACGACGCAAAGCGUGGACGUACUUAGUUAAGUCAACAAGUAAAAACAUUUUUAAUUGUUACCAAUUUGUUUUAUGGCAUAGUCGUUAAAAUUGGAUAUAAUAUAUAGUUUACAUAUUAUGUAAACUAUUCAAAAUUAAAUUUCUAAGCUCUAAAAUGUGAUACCCACUUAUGAAUUGACUUAGAUCACUAUUAUAUUUUUAUUUAUGACCACAACACAAAUUGUGGCACUACAGAACAUUAAUUUGUACGAAUUGAAAGAUUAAAACUAA